UGCGAUCUGCCAGACUUUGCCGCGAGUGGCAUCUCCAUAUCCUGCUGCUCCUGCUCCUGCUGCUCCUGCUCUUGCUGCCGAGAACUACCGCUUCCGAAAAACAUGACCAAGGAAUCGUAUCUUGUCAUUGGAGGAGGAGGCUUCCUCGGCGGGCACAUCGUCGACCAGCUUGUCGAGCGUGGUGACCAAGUUGCCGUCUUCGACAUGCGUGUCCCCCGCGAGCCCAACCCCAAGGUCGAAUACUUUACCGGCGAUCUCUGCAGCCCGGCUGACCUGGCCCCUGCCCUCAAGUCUCGCACCGUUGUGAUCCACUCAGCCUCCCCACCGCACGGUCUGCCAGACAAAGUCUUUUUCAAGGUCAACGUCGAAGGCACCCAGACCAUCCUCGAUGCCGCUGUUGCGAGCGGGGUUCGAAAGUUUGUCUACACUAGCAGCGCCAGUGUCAUUUACAACGGGCAGCCCAUGGUGGCCGCUGACGAGACCUGGCCCUUUCCCGAAACGAUGGAUGCCUACAACCAGUCCAAGGCGCAAGGAGAAAGCCUGGUCUUAAGCUAUAACGGCAAGAACGGCAUGGCAACCUGUGCGCUUCGGCCCUCGGGCAUCUUUGGCCCUCGGGACGCUCAAGGCGGACCUGCCAUGCUCAAGGUCGCCAACGAAAAGUCGCACAUUUACAUGAUCGGCAACAACCGUACUCUGUUUGACAUGACGUUCGUUGUCAACGCUGCGUACGCCCAUCUCCAGGCUGCUGACAAGCUGGAGUCGGAAGGUGUUGCUGGAGAGGCCUUCAUUAUCACCAACGACCAGCCCAUGUUCUUCUGGGAUAUCCCCAAGCGCUUCUUCCAGAUCUGGGGUGCUCUGCCCUCAGGCACCAUCCGUAUCCCACUUUCGGUCGCCUUCCCGAUUGCCUACCUUGCCGAUGCUGCUACCUGGGCGCUUAAGCCCUUCGUUGAGCUGCACCCAUCCUUCACCGUCUUCCGAAUCAAAGCCUUUGCCAUCAACCGCUACUACAGUUGCGAAAAGGCAAAGGAGCGGCUCGGCUAUAAGCCCCUUGUUCCCAUGGAGGAGGCGCUCGAGAUCACGGGCGAGUUCUGGAAACAAUUUAAUGAAGAGCAGAAGGCCGCGAAGCAGUAGUUUCUUGCGCUCGGGUGCUGCAUUGCAGAUGUUCUUGAUGGAAACAAGCGGAAUCCUGAUCCGUGUGUGUGGCUACAGACAGCAGCCUUGCACAAUAGUCCCCCCUCAGCUGGUUGCUUUUGC